AUGAAACUGGCAAACCUUCUUCUCGCUCUGAGUCACUCGUUUACCUUUGCUUCUGCAGCAAGGUUCCGAUACCCAGACAGCGACUAUGUUAUUGUUGGAGCAGGACCAGCAGGGUACGUCCUAGCCAAUCGCCUAUCCCAAGAUCCAAAUAUCACCAUCACACUUCUGGAGGCUGGGCCGGAUGGCAAGGACGAUGCCGAUGUCUACACCCCUGGAUUUGCUGGCAGACUCCAGAACAGUCAGUAUUCGUGGAAUUACACCUCUCAGCCUGAUCCACGGCGUGGCAACAUUACACCCCCCUUCCCACAAGGGCGUGGCCUAGGUGGUGGCACUUCUAUCAACUUCAUGUCGUAUUCUCGAGGAGCAGCCAGCGUGUACGACCAGUGGGCGAAGGAGUCUGGCAACGACAGACUGAGUUUCGGAAAGCUUCUCCAGAUGUUUCAACUCUCUACAAACCUAACUAUGCCGUCCCUGACUGAUUACCCCACCGCCGCAAACCCUGCCGUAUACGGAAACGGGCCACUACAAGUUAGCUACGAGAUAAAUGCCACCGGGACUGAACCAUUUUGGGGUGAUGCGAUGGCCACAAGUAUCUCACCGAAUGUACCUCUUAUUGACCCAACUGAUGGGCGUUCCAUUGGCCGAGUCAAUGGUGGCCCGCACACCAUAAACCUCCUGACGGGGCAUCGAUCGUCUGCCCAAGCUUCGUACGGUUCGGCCUUAUUGGCUCGGAAGAAUGUAAAAAUUAUAACUGGUGCUGAAGCUACCAAGAUCCACGUCUGGUAUGGGAAGGCGGCCUUGGUUGAGUACAUAUCAUCGAACGACGGCUCGAAUAAUACCGUGUGGGCCAGGAGAGAGGUCAUCGUCAGCGCAGGCGCAAUCGGAUCCCCCAAACUUCUUAUGCUCUCGGGUAUUGGUCCCAGGAAGCAUCUAGAGGACCUGGGGAUCUCAGUUGUAAAAGACAUCCCAGACGUGGGCGACCAUCUGCAUGACCAUCACAAUGCAGUCGUCAUGGUACAGAUCCCAGAGAACAUUACCACUUCGUUCACGCUUCAAAACAACAAAACUCUCCUCGCAGAGGCUGAAGAACAGUUUAAAGCAAAUGGAACGGGCCCAUUGUCACAUAUCCUAAGCUCCAGCUAUGUAACGGAACGGCCACCAGAUGCUUUCCUGGACGCUAUCAACUCACCCUUUCAUAAAGCUCUUCCCAAGGACCGACCCAUACUGUACUACUCCUAUACAACAUCGGCAAUGGCUGCCAACCCCCAGAACGCAAAUGUGAUAUCCGGAUAUGUUAGUCUGAUACAGCCAGAAGGGCACGGGUCUGUCAGACUAGCUAGCACCGACUAUCGUGACGCACCGCUUAUUUUCUCCAACUACUGGGGAUCCGAUGCGGAUCUGGCGUUGCAGUUAUACGGGUAUAAGAAACUACGCGGUGCAAUGGCAUCCAAAAUCAUAGCCCCUAUAGUGAAAGGUGAACUGUUUCCAGGCCCUCAAGCCCAGACUGACGAGGAGCUGACCCGGGCAAUGCUAUCAAGUGCAUGGUCAUUCCACCAUCCCAGCGGAACAUGUGCGCUGGGAAAAGUUGUCGACUCCCAGUUUCGCAUUCCGGGUAUAAGGGGCUUGCGUAUAGUGGACUCCAGCGUGCUCCCGUCCCAGCCAACCUGCCAUAUGUCGGGGCCAGUCUAUGCUCUCUCUCAGAACCCUCAAACCUCUCCCCAGGAGAGACGAGCCCUCCUUAAGAACACCGACCAAGUCAAAGGCGUGAUGCCCAUCGAAACCUACCUCGAACGCCUGGAGCCCUACCGCUCGUCAACACUCAGCUGGCCCUAUCCACACAACAUCCUACCAGCAGAACCAACCACAACCAAACAAAUCGAGCAGCACCGCAGCGCUAUACUCGAGAUUCUACACUCCCACAACUUCCCACCA